GGUACCUGUAGCAGCCACUGCCCUGCCUAUCCCCUCCCGACCCCACCAUGUUAGUUGGUACCCCCCACCUGCUGACACUGGAUGAAGCUGAUGCUACCUGGACCCUCAUCAAGGACAAGGUCGUCGAAGAGCGCUUUGGGCCCAACGUAGUGGCAGUACCGUUCCUGUCGGACGCAGCCUGCUAUGAUCUGCUGGGUGUGCUAGUGAAGCAGGCCCGCCCGGCCCACACCCGCCUGGCUUUGCCAGGCCGGCAGGGUCGGAGGGCACUUCAACCAGUGGGGCUGCUACCAAACCUCCUGGAGCAGGCAGGGGCUGAGGGCACCUUUGCACACUGCACUCGGGAAUACUCACCAAAUGGCCGAGCCGAGACAGCUUAUGAAGAGACUCGCCUGUUAGAUGGGCAGCCCUGCCGCAUCCGCCUGCACAUGGGGGGGCUGCGCAAGAAGGUGGCCUUCCUGCUGCUGCCACCCGGGCAGGUGAGCCUACAGCAGACUCUUCCCUGGCUUCGGAGCGCCCACAGCAUCUAUGUCAUCUACCAGGUCUUCUCCUGCUCCUGGCUGCAACUGGGGCUACUCCCGACCGCCCAGGAGCCCCAGCUGCUGCGAUUACAACGGUCACUGCCUAUUGCCUUCUCCUGCCUCAAGUUUUCACUGCAGCCCAAAGGAGUCCUGGGACCACAGAAGGCCCUAGGCAAAGAUCCACUGCCCCACGGGGCCAACUGGGUCAGACCCAACCUCAACAUCAUGCCAGCCCUGGCCCCCACCUCAGACCCUGCUGAUACCCCUGAAGCUGCAGAUGUGCCCCCACCUGUCCCAGCCCCACCCACACCACCUCCCCAGGAAGGACCAGAGGGCAGGCACAUGAGAUUCUCCUCCAAGGGCCGCAACCCUUUCCGAAGGGGGCCCCAGAUGUUGUCAGAGAACUGGCUCUUCAGCCCCCGCAGCCCCCCACCAGGAGCCCAGGGUGGGGGCCCCGGGGACCCCGACCGGCACUCCAUGUCCCUGCCCCUGCUGCAGGGUCUGUCCUUGGAGUUCGACAGCGAAGACUGAAGCUGAAACGAGAGAUGCAGGGGGCAAGGCCCCCAAGAUCUGGCAUAGGGAUACUGGUCCCCAAUAAACAUCAGCUGCUGCUCCCCCAAA